UGUUAACGAGUUGGUAUGUCUUCACUGGAGUCGAGUAAUGUUCGGCACCAUAAUUGCACAAGUUCACCAGAGUUUUUGAAAACACCAGAAAGUGAGUUUUUUGUAUUGGCUUCACCUUUGUUUUGCACGUGAUACAGCUCCCAUUGUAUAUGGGUGUGGAAUGGCAAAUCGUUUAACCGAUUCAUCACUAAUUUGGGAUUCCUUAUGCUCUAUGUCUUUUUACCGAAAACUUUUAUUAUUGCACAUUAUUUUAAUUGUAAAUAUUAUUUUCCAUAUGACUUGAGCGAUCACACUGACAAAUGUAAUUCAUAUUGCAUGGAACAUGAAAUGUCUUUGAAUACUAACUAAGUUGAAAGUUAAAACCCCAAGUUUUCUUGAAAACUAAUCGCUAUGAGAACUUUUGAACUUUCGCUUAAUAACUGCUCGCUUUUUUCUAAGUUACAUGUUCGAAGUCUGGAGAAUAUUCAUAUAGAUAAAAAGCAAACAAUACAUAGUUAAUAUACGGUGAACCUCAGAUACAAUACUUAAUGGCUACAAAGAAUGGGUCUCAUCGCUGCUUGUCAAACGUCACAGUUCUCGUAAGUCGUCAAUGUCCAGACUCCCGGGAGUCUGGCCAACUUUGAAAAUAAGUCAUUAACUGUCUGCAAUUAGCUGUUGAUAAAAUAUCUUUUCUCGUUAGUUCAAUUUUCUAUUUUGAGCUGAUACUGCAUUUAGCCAGGUUAUUUAGUAAUCCCGUUACUUAGUUUGCGGUGGUCGGUAAUCAAACUUUCAAAAUACUAAAUAAACCUUAGAGCUUAUUGGUUGCCUUAUGUCCUACUUUAACAGUCUAAAGAUGUACAUUGUCAAAACUACAAAUAUCCAAGUUUAACCAAAAGCAGUCGUGUCAAACGUACGCUUAAUUCGGUGUUUUUAUGUUUUUAUAGUAGUUUUGCUUCCUCGUGAUGUUUUAGUUCUGUAAAGUAUUUCAUAAAUGUCCCCGAAAUUCCAAUUCGCUCCUGAUAAUAUCUAGGAUAUGAAAUUUUGACACAUAAUAUAUUGCCACUAAUUUGGUUAAAAUUAGUGGCCUUUAAAAAUUUUUUGACUUCCGAACAUUAUUGAGGUUCUUUUAUUAUUGGUAACUGUUUUCGUCAAACGGUAGAAUUUUGUUCGAUCAUAUUGUUAUUUUUUCGUGUAUUUUCUCUACACAUGUUUUAGUCGGUAAGAGCAAAAGUGGUCAUCCAUGCAACAUCACACCCUACUUCUGCACGUAUAAAAUCUGCAAGUAACGAUGUAAAUUUCAGUUCUAGCUGAUAAUAAUUCCACACGUUCGUAUGCUAGCUUAAAAUAAACUCAGUAAUUAUUAGAUAGAUAUUUACUAUGUAUACCCUGCCAUACCUGUGUAAGAAAGUUAUCGCUACAGAGCCAAACAUUUUAUUUUGUAUUGUCGUUCUCAGUAAGUAACAGAACAUCUAUCCCGUGAAAGUUAUAUCAGAAUCGUAUAUACUUUGUGAUAUUGAUCUCUUUAGGUGAGAACAUUGGGUGGGCAAUAUUGGGUUAAGCUUACCAGGAAAGACUAAAAAGAAAAAAAUAUCUUUAAGGGACUAUGCAACUAGAAACGAUUUACUUUUAGGCAAAAUUUGAACGAUAUACCACAAAUUAGUCGGUGAUACAUAAUUUUAUGAUCCUAUAUUUAAUAAUCUCUGUAAUAUAUUUUCUGAUUUCGACCAUUUCUCUUUUCGUUUCUUUUAACAUUUUACAUUUUCAACAUUUCCCACUGUUAGUUUAUUUAAUCGCAUUCUCAAGCUACGUGUCACAUCAAACAUUCUUUUGGCGAACAGUAAUUUACAAAGUAUCAACAAACUGUAUUUGAUUUUCGAUUACGUAAUGUGGUCCUACGUUGUAGCUGACUAAUUACAUGAUAACACUGUCAAAUUGUUUGCUUUCCAGAUGAUAUUUCUGACUUUGCAUUUCUUAGCGAGUUUUCCAAAUGCAAUAUGUCAAUUACUUAAUAACUUGGUUGGCUUUUGAUGCAUAUAAAUAGCCCUAUUCCUGACUCACCCCAUCAAACUGUGGUUUCUCGGUCACAAAAAGUCAAAUGUUUCACUUUCCGUAAACAGCUAGUAGUAGGUUUUACAAUACAUAGUGUAUCUCAAUAAACUUGCACUUUAAAAUGGCUCUCAUCUAACUUUGUUUUAUAUGAAAUUCCAUGCAGGUUCGUUGGAUCCGAGAGAUAAAUUUUUUGCUGAUAGUAAACUAAUGUGUUCUUCAAAUUUAAAUGAGACCUAUUGGAUGAAACUGGACAAGUCGUUAAUUGCCCGACAAGAGGUAAAGUCGGUUGUUACUGAUAUGAAGUCCCGAAAAGAUAUGUUUUCACUAAAUUCCCGACCUGCUUCGCAAACACUUAAAACACACUCAACCCGAUAUUCUCGUAAAAGUUUGAAAACCCAUUGCAAUAAAAAACAUUCCACAUACAGACAAAGUGAAGAUACUACGGAUUCUGGUAAUGGUCUAUCUUCAACCAUUGGUAUUUUAAAUAACAAAUCUGGUCACGUAACCCAGUUAGCCAAUCGUGUCGAGCAUCUUUUAAUUCAGGAUUCUACUAACAUCUUGUAUCAGAACAAGGAAAUACAAUUAGUCUAUCAUAUUGAAAAACCGGACUCCUUGGAAAAUCAUUUAUUUUCUAGCACUAAAAAGAAUCCAAAUAGUCUCAUCCCAAGUCCAGUUACAACCACAUUAUCAUCACCCUGGUAUCGUCAUUGUAGACCAAAAGCCCCUCCUCCAACUUUUCCUUUUUCCACAGAAAAUUCUGUGAAAUGCUGUGAAAGUGAAAGCCGCGAUUUUGAGCUUUGUGAAGGGAGUAACAAGAAUGGAAACGGCCAUCUAGAAUUUGAAUGCGAAAACGCGCUUAAACCUGUCCCAUGUCUACUUUCUUCAGUGUGUUCAUAUUCAGUACACUGUCCAAGUAUACAAGUUCUAGAGGCAGAUCUUAGUCAAGAAAACAUAAACUGGGAUUCAGAUUACCCACUACCAUCUUCUCUACCUCCUUCCAGUGAUGUCGCACCAACACUAAUGAGUCAUUCUUAUUCCCCCUCACCCGCUCUCAACAACAAUACUGAUGAAGUAUCCAAUACGCUUUGCGGAGCAGUAGCAUAUUUAGAAGAAGUUAAUUUAAAACCUUUGGCUCCCAUAACAAAUAUCUUGCCAAAUGGUGGUUCUUUUAUUCGUCGUCAUCCUAAAUGGGCAAUUCCUUGUAGUUCAGACAUCCUUAGGUCCCAUACAACUGUUCUUUUCCCUGGUUCAAACUCAGUAAUCGAUUUUGAUUUGAAUUCAUCUCCUUCUGUACCAUCCCCUCCUCCUUUGAUUGUGGAACGUUUGCCAUGUGAACUGGAUAUUUCAAAGUCUCAAGAACAGCACUUAAAUUGUUCACCUACUCUAAAUAAUCCUAAUCUAACACGUCCGAUAUUUUUAAAACGUGGAGCAUCUGAUGGUGCAGAACAAAAUUCUGAAGAUAUAAUUGGCCUAGAUAUUAACAAGGAAUAUGAUCCACCAUCAACGAUGAAACGCAGUCACUAUUGGGAUCUUACCAACGAAGAAUAUUCACCCAAAAAAAGUCGUGUUCAGUUACUAUUACCAAGUGAAUGUAGCGCAUUUCUCCCAGUAAAGUCAACUCGUCAAUUGGAUCAUAGACAUAUACACUGUAUUUCUCCACCUUAUUUACGAUAGAGACCCAAGUUAAAUCAGUAUUUAAAGUACAAAUUGUAUACUAAAUACUUAGUCUUUCAUAUA